AUGGCCAAAUCUAGAUACUCUCGUCUUCCAUCUAGAAAAUCGUCUUCUUCUUACACUAUCAUUUUCGCUCUCUUCAUCGCUUUCACUUUUCUUAUCCUCAUUCUUCUCGUUUUCGGUAUCCUUUCCAUUCCUUCUUCCAAUCAAAACUUGCCUAAACCCAACGAUCUCACCUCCAUUGCUCAUAACACCGUCGAUAGUGUUGAUGAUGAUGAUGGUAAGGGAGAGCAGUGGGUUGAAGUUGUGUCAUGGGAGCCUAGAGCUUUUGUUUAUCACAAUUUUCUGACCAAGGAGGAAUGUGAAUAUCUGAUUGACAUAGCAAAGCCAAGUAUGCAUAAGUCAACUGUUGUCGAUAGUGAGACUGGAAAGAGCAAGGACAGCAGAGUGCGUACAAGCUCUGGAACUUUUCUGGCCAGGGGACGCGAUAAGAUUGUCAGAGAUAUUGAGAAACGAAUUGCCGACUUCACUUUUAUUCCUGUAGAGCACGGUGAAGGACUUCAAGUUCUACAUUAUGAAGUUGGACAAAAGUAUGAGCCUCACUAUGACUACUUUCUUGAUGAGUUUAACACAAAAAAUGGUGGUCAGCGCAUAGCAACGGUACUGAUGUACCUCACAGAUGUUGAAGAAGGGGGCGAGACAGUGUUCCCUGCUGCCAAGGGCAAUUUUAGUUCUGUGCCAUGGUAUAAUGAGCUUUCUGAUUGUGGGAAAAAAGGACUUUCAAUUAAGCCAAAGAGAGGCGAUGCUUUGCUUUUUUGGAGCAUGAAGCCGGAUGCAUCUUUAGAUGCGUCAAGCUUGCAUGGUGGUUGUCCAGUGAUCAAAGGGAAUAAGUGGUCAAGUACCAAAUGGAUCCGCGUCAGUGAAUACAAAACUUAA